CAUUUGGAUAUAUUGUUUACAAUUUAAUCUGACAUAAUUGUUCAAUAAACUGCAUUUAAAAUAAAUAAAAAUGAAUCCCUUAACAAACAUGAAAAAUGUGCUAAAAUUGAGCGAAAAUGAACUUAAACAUAAUCUCAAAAGCUCUUGGCAUGACUUAUAUGCGGAUUCGGCUUGGAUAUUCGUUGGUGGGUUUUCUUAUUCAUUGUCUGAAGGUGAUCUCAUAUGUGUGUUUUCUCAGUACGGGGAAAUUGUAAACAUAAAGCUCAUUCGUGAUAAAGUGACUGGAAAACAUAAAGGUUUUUGUUUUUUAUGUUAUGAGGACCAACGUUCUACUGUGCUAGCUGUGGAUAAUUUAAAUGGUAUAAAGAUUUUGGGGCGUACAAUCAGAGUUGACCAUGCAUCAUCUAACGGUGAAUAUUCAAAUGGACAUGCAUUAAUUUCGGAUGACUAAUAUUUAUGUAUAAAAUAAUGUACAUAGAACAAAUGAUUUUAAAUAUUUAAAAAGAGAAUAUACACAUCUAUUGUUAAAUUUUUUUGUAUAUAUAACUGAAGUUAUGAGUAUCUUAAUUUAGUAAACACUAAUAGAUUUUUAAAUAUUUAAGGGUUUAUAUUCUUUUACUCUAUGAAUUAAUUUAGUUGUACAUAUAAAAAGGGAAACUUUUUUACUUUUAUUACGUUUAAUUAUUUUCAUUGUAAUUCUUUAAUUAUUUUUUCUAAAUCCCCACGAGAAAUGGUUGACGCUCUAUAAUAUGUAAAAUAAAUAGUAUAUAAUUUAAAUAUUUAAAUAAAUUAUUUAUAAAUAGUAUCUAAAAUAAAGAUUCACCUAAAAAAUGUUGCUUCAAGUCUGAUACUAUCUUAAAAAAAUUUACAAGGCUGAAGCGAAUAACGACACUAUAUUACUAUUUUAAUAAUGAAAUUCUAAUUUUAAAAAAAGAGUACUAUAUUAAAAAUAUAUUUAUGUAUAUAUAUUAUUUUUAAAUAAUUCUGAUUGCAACAUUUUUUAAAACAAUUUUUAAAAUGUUACAUUAUAGUAACAUUUAUAGU